AUGUUCCGCACAGGCUCGCCGUACUCGCCUUUCUUCACUUCCGGACUGCUGUCCUCCCCAGCCUCACCAACGUCGCCCGUCGACUUUAAUGAGCUCGGGCCCCGUAGAGGCAGCCUCCCAACGUCGUCGUCCGACCGCUCCUCAGCCUAUCAUUAUACUCUCCAGUCUAGACGUGAUGUCAAUGAGUUCCGCUCAUUUCUAUCUCUCGACCUAGCAGAGACACGUUCGCAGCGUUCAAAACGUGGGUCGAAUAAUCACUGGUCGGAAGUAGUGGCGCAGCACCCGUAUGUUCUUUGUUCUUCCUUUCUUUUUCCCCUUCCCGACUCCCCGACGUUCACUUCUCGUUCGGCUUCCCCGCGGCUGCGCGCCAUGCCGUCACCAAAGCCCGCGCCGUCCAUUACACUUCCUGAGCUGCCGGUAGUGCUGACUCCUUCCCCAGUCGCAUCUUCCUCUCGCACUCUCCCAGACUCCCUUACUAAACCUCUCCGAAUAACUAAACCAAAAGUGCCGUCGCCUACUUCAUCUCGCCCCCCAAAAUCCCCCGUGGUCAAGGCGCCACUGCUCUCGCCUCGCGUUGCUCGCAGUAUCUCCACUUCUACCGUUUCUACCCGCUACCGUACCCUCCGCCGUACAUCUGCACUAGCAGCUCUUGAGGGCCACCGAAAACGCACGCAGUCGCUCUCGACAUCGAAGAACUUUAUCAGUCUUUCUGACGACGAAGGCGAUGAUGAGCUCUCUGAUGACGACGACGAGUCUUCGGAUUCUGAUGAGAGCUUCAUUGAUGUAUUCCCUUCCGUCCCAGAGCACUCGCGGGGCUCGCGGAGGAGUAGAUCUGACUGGUUACAUCUCAAGAGCUUCAUUGACCUUCGGAAUGAGCGGGAAGACAGUACCCGCGAGAAGGACAGAGCAUCUUUGACCAGCAGCAGUAGCUGGGGUUGGCGGAGCUACAUCGAGAUCACCAUGUCAUGAGCCUAUCCCCUCCCCAUAUCAUUCUUCCUUUUGGCGCCUUUCGUGCUUCGUAUUUACGGACAACGCUUUCGCUUUCGUAUUCGCUUUCAUCGCCAACAUUCACCCUCACACCCGUACUCUAUCAUAUCGAACAUUGUCCUUUUAUUUUAUAUGCAUAAUAGCUUCCCAGCGACUUACGCUUUCUUCUCUUCGCUUCAUUGCCAUCCGUUCUUCGUCCUUGCAAUGUAUUUUUACCAGUCAUCAUUCCCAUCUCUUCUUUGUACAACAUGGCAUAUGCUUCUCGCCUCUCACGCUUAUUCCAUUAACGAGGCUGUUGAUCAUCCGUUCGCACAUUCAUACACACAGACAAUGUACUAGUCCGUAUACGAUAUUAUACACUUGACAUGCUCAUUCUUCUACC